AUGCCCACAACAACCCACUGCAUCCGCCACGCCGAAGGCGAACACAACCUCGAACCCCAAGACCACACUUUAGUAGACCCAAAACUGACACCCAAGGGCCAAGCACAAUGCUUCGCCCUCCGCGAUUCAGGCUUCAUCAAUCACAAGGAAACCUCUCUCGUGACCGCAUCCCUGAUGUUUUGCACUCUGGAAAUCGCGCACCUGGUCUUCGGGCCCGCGCUGCAGCCCGAGAAACAACCCGGGAGUGAAACCAGCAGCCGCAACAAAACCACCUGCAACCCCCAGAUCUUAGCGCUACCCGACACCCAGGAAGUGUAG